CUCUCUCUCUCUCCACCCCACCCCCCCUAAAGCUCCUCCUCUGUCGUCGGAGAAUACAGACCAGUCACAUUUUGCUCAAUGAGAGCAAGAGUGCACCGGAGAGGAUUUCCAAAUUCCAACCUGCUGCUGUGCCGUGCGCCUGUUUCCUCGCCUCUGUCAAAGAGGCUAAUAUGAAGACAUCAUUUGGCAAACCAGACCCUGGAAAGCCCCAAGAAUCUUUUCAACACAUUUGAAGCCGAAGACGACGCCAUGCACAGUCUCCGGUAAAACUGCCCGCUCUCCCUGCAGCUUCCUUCCUAGCCUUUGAGAGUGAGGACGCAGAAAUGGGUUCAGAUCAACCCUGCAUGGAUACACAAGAGCAAAGACCCAUAUUGGGUGCUGCCUGUAAGCGGCAGGGCUACCGAUGUCUGCGGAGAAAGCUGAGACCUGUGCGAAUCUUAGGGUUCGUCUUCAGCCUGUUGGCCGUAAGUGCCGUCUCCCUCAGUGCCUUGACCUGGAGUUCAGGAGGCCUCAGUGAGCCAUUGGUACCCCAGGAGAGUCUCGAUCAGUUAGCCCCCCACAGGACUCUACUUUUCACCCAACACCAGAGGGACCCCAACGUAUCAGCUGACAUGCCAAUAGCCAUGAAAUCUACAGCAGAUGGCAAUGCGAGCCAGGGGGAGUACCCUCAAGACCUUUUCAGCCUUGCGGAGAGGCGCCAAGGUGCAGUAGUUCUCCACAUGUUUGGCAUGAUCUACAUGUUCAUCGCCUUAGCCAUAGUGUGCGACGAGUUCUUCGUCCCAGCUCUGACAGUCAUCACAGAGAAGCUGUCCAUUUCAGACGACGUAGCAGGCGCCACCUUCAUGGCGGCCGGCGGCUCAGCCCCAGAGCUCUUCACCUCCAUUAUCGGUGUCUUUAUCUCGCACAGCAACGUUGGCAUCGGGACCAUCGUGGGCUCAGCUGUCUUCAACAUUCUCUUUGUAAUUGGGAUGUGUGCCAUCUUCUCCAAGGAGAUCCUGAACCUAACGUGGUGGCCACUCUUCCGUGACGUCUCCUUCUACAUCCUGGACCUCAUCUUGCUCAUCAUCUUCUUCCUGGAUAACAUCAUUUCCAUAUGGGAAAGUAUCACGCUGCUCUCGGGCUACGCCGCGUACGUGAUCUUCAUGAAGUUCAACAGCAAAGUUGAGGGCUUCGUCAAAAGUUGCAUGCACAAGAACCAAGUGGUAGAAGUAGAGGUACAGCCCAAGGAUGAGAAGGCAAGUCCUGGGGCGCUGGAGGAUGACGGCAAGUUGUCGGCCAGGCCUCGGCUUCAGAGGGGGGGCAGUUCUGCCUCUCUGCACAACAGCUUGAUGAGGAACAGCAUUUUCCAGCUGAUGAUUCACACGUUGGACCCGUUAAGUGAAGAAUUUGCUGACUCUGAGCUUGGGACUUAUGGGAAACUAAAAUAUUAUCACUCAAUGACUGAGGAAGGUAAAUUCCGAGAGAAGGCGUCCAUUCUUCACAAGAUCGCUAAAAAGAAAUGCCAAGUUGAGGACAGCGAGAAGGCCAAUGGAGUCGCGAGCCGUUCAGAUAAAAACCUCCCAAACAGCUCCAGCGUAGAAGUGGAAGUAACACCACCCAUGAAUGGAACAGCAGGACAAGAGGGAGAAACGGCUGAGGAUGAAGAGGAAGAGGACCAGCCUCUGAGUCUGUCCUGGCCCGAGUCCAACCGCAAGCGCUUCACCUACCUCUUCAUCAUGCCUAUUGUCCUCCCGCUGUGGCUAACGCUACCUGAUGUCAGGAAAACAUCAUCAAAGAAGUUCUUCCCCAUCACCUUCGUGGGUGCCAUCUGCUGGAUUGCAGGCUUCUCCUAUCUGAUGGUGUGGUGGGCUCACCAGGUUGGAGAGACCAUUGGGAUUACUGAAGAGAUUAUGGGCCUGACUAUAUUAGCAGCUGGAACCUCCAUCCCUGACCUCAUCACCAGUGUUAUUGUGGCACGCAAAGGGCUGGGAGAUAUGGCUGUAUCCAGCUCUGUAGGCUCCAACAUCUUUGACAUUACUGUUGGACUGCCGUUCCCCUGGCUCCUCUGGUCCAUUUUCAGGGGCCUGAAACCAGUACAAGUCAGCUCCAACGGCCUCUUCUGCGCCAUCGUGCUCCUCUUUCUUAUGCUCCUCUUCGUCAUCAUCUCUAUCGCCGCCUGCAAGUGGCGCAUGAGCAAGCUGUUGGGCUUCAUCAUGUUCAUGCUGUAUUUCGUCUUCCUGGUUGUCAGUGUCAUGCUGGAGGACAGGGUCAUUACCUGCCCAGUGUCAGUCUGACAGUCCGCGAUGUCUUCUGCGUCUUCUCCCUUGUUCUCACCGUCCCUACCAUCACACCAUCACUCUCACCUAAUUCUUGUGAUCCCUUACCCCAGGAAUUAAAGAAGAAUGAGGAAGACACUACAAGAGGAUAAUAGUUUAUCUUUAUUUUCAUGUAAAUACCUGGUGGCAGGGGGAGGGGUAAAACAAGGGCAUAAGACUUUGGUUGGUUUAGUGUAGUCUUAACCUGAGUGAAUUUUUAUUUAUUUAUUUAUUUAUUUAUUUGGCAGGUGGGGAAGGGGUGGGGGGAUUUGGGUGUAUCAGCCAAAUAUAGAAGCAUUAUGCAUGCCAUUAGUGUUGUUAGAUCAGCUGGGAUCAUGACUACACCUGGACAGGAUGAAGAGGAAAACCUCCUGUGAACUUCAGGAAAAACAAUGCAGCGGCUGAGCAAACGUUAUGAGCAUUUUUUGCCACAAGCGAUCUACAACAGCAGACUGAUUUCGAGACACUGUUGCUGAGAGUGUUGAGGAGUUUGUGGAUGUGGAAAUGGACUGUGUGAAUGGAGAAUUUGUUCGAAACGUGUUUUAUGUCUGAUGGUAUUGAGCGUUAAAGACUCUCCUGUGGGCUUCGCACCUGAUCAACAAGGGAUGAAACAGACAAACCUUUUUUUUUAUUAUUUAUUUUUUGCAAAUCCAUCUGUAUUCAGUCUGAAUGAGACGAGUCUCACCUUCCCCUCUUCCCUGCCGGCUGUUAUUUUUCACCAUUGACAUGUCUCUUCAGAGCAUUGAUUUUUUUUUUUUUUUUUUGGUUACAGUUAACAUGAAAUAUAGACAUUAGAAGUAGCACUAGAUGUACUGUAGCAGUAUUAGUUCAUGUAGAGUCCUCUUGCCAAUCUGCAUUUUUUUCUCACAUUUUCCUUUGCCACUGAACAACUGUUCUGAUUGUACAGAACUUUUCAUGCUUCACAAACUGACCUACAGAGGCAAGCUGUUUCUGGAAGUAAGAGUAAAAAAAAAAAGUCUUAACAAAAAUUUUGCUUCUCAAAAUAUAUGCUAGCCUUUAAUAUCCUUCACUGGUUGGAAAAAAAAAGAGAACUUUAGGUUCUUUAAAGUUUCACAACAGAGUCAAUGUCGAAAUACUGCAUUUGAAAAGAAAAUGUUAAAGCGUCAUGGUUGAUUUAGAUUAGUCAGUGUGUAGUGCUUCGUUCACAGUAGAACUGAGCUCAACUCAGCGGCUAGCCGACCUCCUGGAGUAGAACUUACAACAAGUCAACUGCAUGUAAAAAGACACUUGGAGGUGAAUAAUACCAAUCAGCAUUUAAAAAGAUUGUAUACCAUAUUGUACACUUUUUCAGACAUUUCAUCAUUCAUAACUUAAUGCAAACCAGUGCUCAGUCUGUGUAGAAAAUGCCAACAUGUACGGUCAACGCUAUCUAUCAAACUUGUGCAAUUUAUUUUCUAAUCAAAGGUGCUUUCGUGUGCAUGUGUGCAAUCUGCAUUUGAAGUCAUCACACAUCACCAUUCCUAAAAUUUAUCUAUGAAUAGAGGUUAUACUACCAGUAUUUUGCAACUAACUGCAAAAAAUAUACACCAAUCUGUGUUUUUAUACUGGAAAUAGAAUCAUAAUCAUAAUUAAGAUACAUAGAAUGUGGAAACCACAGAUUUAACAGCAAUAUACUGUGUGUUGUCGUGGAGAAUUGCAUUUCCAUGCGUCUGUGCCCACUGUCCUUCCUGUGAUAUGGUCAGAAGCCUGACGAGAAGAGGUGGGCGAACGGUUUUCUCCUUAUAUUACCCACCCGCCCCUUUCUCCAGCGCUCCCACCAACAGCCCCUCCCCCUUAGAGCUGUCUAGAAACGCCCACUUUACCUCAACACAGCCUCUGUACAGCAGCUUAGUAGGAAAUACCUGUAACAUAAUAGUAAAUAGAUUCUCUGAAUGUGUGAGGAAUAAUGCAUGCAAGGAAAUUUGGGCUGGUUACCCACCAACUGUACAGCUGAGCUAGACCAGCUAUGUAUGUUCACUUUUAUGCAUCCAUUCAGAAAGAAAACACCAAGAACACAUUCGUUUUACUUUGUAAAUAUAAAUUCCUUUAAUUUUGCAAGAGCCACAUGGUUCACACAUGUAUUUCAAUCACUUUUUCUUACUAUUUAUUUUCUUUUUGUAGUAGUGGAAGGAAGGGGAAUGUGAUUACUGAGCAAACAGCAACUCAAAGAUUUGAAUUGAACACUAUUGCAUUUACAUUAAACUUAAAACAUGCCUGUUCCAUUUUUGUAAGAAAACCAGAGCUUGAAAUACCAUAUUGCCUCCUCAUACUGAACACCUGAAGGCCACCAUGUUAUCUGACAUUUGGGUAAAAAAACAAACAAACCCUGGUAUAAACUUAUAUCCUCUUAAAACCCAGAGGAACAAACUUUUGGGGAUAAAAGAAGCCUAUUUUGUUUGUUUAAUUUUUAUCAUGGGCAUUGUAAUAGAUCACAUAAAUAGAUUUUCAUAUGGAUCCUGUAAUAAUCUAAAUAAUCUUUUUGUUUUCUUUAUUUAAUAUUAUAAAGUGACUUAAAGUUGAAAAAUUUAGAUGAACAUCUCAACAUGAAAACACAUUUCUUAUAAGGUUAAAGUACUUCAUAAGAAAUGUAAUAAUUAGAGGGCUUUCCCUUGGUUUAGGUGCCAUUUGUUUGGAGACUUGUGUUCCUUCUUUGAAAAAGUUUUGCACUUUCUAAUUGGUUGAUAUUAUUAAUUGUGUGCACAAACAAAAA